AUGUCGAAAGACCUAACCAAAAUAAAACUGAAAUCACUACCAGAUGAUAAACUAAUAACAACCCGAAUACCCACCCACCCAACAACAACAACAACUACAACCACAACCACAACCACUCUGUGGUCCGAAGGAGAAUCAGAAAACACAUCCAUUUGCCUCUCAUCUUCCAAUGAUGAGGACAACGAUUCCCGAACAAACCUUCUGUAUUCCACCUCCACUCAAAGAAAACUCUUAAACAGACACGUCCAACUAAUAGCCAUCUCAGGUGUUAUCGGUACCGUCCUUUUCGUCGCUAUAGGGAAACCACUCUACAGAGGUGGUGCCGCAUUCCUUCUCUUGGGAUUCGCCAUAUGGUGUAUCCCGAUCCUUUGUAUAACAGUCUCCACUGCAGAAAUGGUAUGUUUCAUGCCCGUGAGCUCCCCCUUUUUAAGAUUGACCAAAAAAUGUGUAGAUGAUUCACUAGCAAUGAUGGCAAGUUGGAAUUUUUGGUUCUUAGAAUGUGUACAAAUCCCAUUCGAAAUCGUUACAGUAAAUACAAUCAUUCAUUAUUGGAGAGAUGAUUAUUCUCCUGCAAUCCCAUUGAUUGUUCAAAUCAUAUUGUAUGUAUUGAUAUCAUUUUGUGCAGUUAAAUAUUAUGGAGAGACCGAGUUUUGGAUGGCUUCUUUAAAGAUUAUUAUGGCUAUGGGAUUGUUUUUGUUCACUUUCAUUACCAUGUUGGGAGGGAAUCCUAAGAGAGAUAGGUUUGGAUUCCGAUAUUUUGGGGAAACUCCAUUCAAGAUGUAUUUCCCUAAUGGAGAUGUAUCACAGGGACAUUCCGCUGGAUAUUUCCAAGGGUUUUUAACAUGUUUGAUUCAAGCUUCAUUCAGUAUUGCUGGAGGUGAAUAUAUUUCCAUGUUGGCUGGUGAAAUUAAAAUUCCAAGGAAAGUCCUGCCCAUUGCGUUUAAACAAGUGUUUAUUAGAUUGACUAUUUUAUUCUUAGGUAGUUGUUUAUGUGUGGGGAUAUUAUGUUCUGCUAAUGAUCCCGCUUUAACCGCAGCUAUCAACGAGGCAAGACCAGGUGCUGGUUCAUCUCCAUAUGUUAUUGCCAUGAAUAAUAUGGGAAUUCAAAUCUUACCAGAUAUAGUUAAUGUCAUCUUGAUUACUGCGGCAUUCUCCUCCGGGAACGCAUAUACUUAUUGCUCUUCAAGAACACUUUAUGGGAUGGCAAUGGAUGGAUAUGCUCCCAAGAUUUUUACUAGAUGUAAUAAACAAGGUGUCCCCAUAUAUGCUGUCGGGAUAAGUGUAGCUUGGGGUUUCAUUAGUUUGUUACAAUUGAAUUCAAACAGUGCAGUCGUUCUAAAUUGGUUAAUUAAUAUCAUUACCACAUCACAAUUAAUCAAUUUCGCAUGUAUUUGUAUCACUUAUUUGUUCUUUAGAAGAGCUUACCUUUUACAAAAGGAUGAUUUACCUCAUCUACCAUUUAAAUCUUGGGGUCAACCAUAUACUGUCAUUGUGGGACUAGUAUCAGUGAUAAUUAUGAUAUUCGUUCAAGGUUAUUCCGUGUUUUAUAAAUCCUUAUGGAAUAAACAAGAUUUCUUAUUUUGUUAUUUAAUGGUCUUCGUAGAUUUGGGAAUUUAUUUGAUUUACAAAUUUAUUUGGAAACGUGGUAAGGAUAAGCUUAAAAAUCCAAAGAUAAUUAGUUUUGAAAAUGAAUUGAGAGAAAUUGAAAAUCAUGAAUUAGAUCAUUCUUUUGAUAAAUUCAAAUUUUAUCGUAAAGUUUAA